GAUUGUUCUUGCUCGAGAGAAGCCAAUAAUAACCAUGCUGGAGGAGAUUCGAACACAGCAGCUGGAGCGCAUACAGAUCAAAGGUCAGUGGGUGAAGAACUAUGAUUUCCCGGUACCUCCUGUGAUCAAGGAGAUUAUUGAUAAAGCAGCCGCAGAGUCGACCUCGUGGAGAUCGUUGUGGAACGGUGAGCAUGAAUACCAAGUCACUGGCCCUUAUGGUCAGUUUGUGGUGAAUUUGCAAACAAAGAAAUGCACGUGUAGGCUUUGGCAACUCAGAGGUAUCCCAUGUGUGCAUGCGGCAGCCUCCAUUUUGAAGAUCGACGAUUCCAUCACAGAUUAUGUGUCUGAGUAUUACUCACGGAUCCGCAUGACUGCCCUCUACGAGCAUGUCUUGUAUCCUAUCAACGGGAUGGAAAAUUGGCCUAGAUCAUCGGAAGUUGGUUUCGAGUUGGUCCCCCCUAACACAAAAAGGCAACGUGGCCGCCCACGCAAGGUUAGAAGAGAACAAAAUCAGGUACAAUAUCGUGAGAAUGGGGUCGAAGAACUUAUGCGGUCAACCUUGAUCACGUGCAGUCGAUGCGGUCAGAUAGGGCACAACAGGAGAACCUGUCAAAACGACCCUCGACCACCGACACCGACUAGUCAAAGGAGUGGAGCAUCUUCUAGCCAGCCGCAAUCUGGUGCGGGACCAUCUUCAAGUCGAUCAACUGCCGCACCGCGGGUUGCUCCGGCCAAACAAGCACCAGCAGCUGGGAGAGGGCAGCCUACUCAGGGGACAGCAGGAGCGGCAGGUCCACCUCGUCCAAUAAGCGUCACCAGGAGGGCUCAGAGGUGUGGCCGUCGCAGAAACGCAGAUUAAACUUGUGGGUGUCAUUGUGGGAUUUUGUUGUGGUGUUGUGUUUCAUUUUGUGAAAAUCACGUGCAGUCUGCCUUGUUUUGUCAUGAACUUUGAACUUUACGGACUUCGAUUGAAGCCUAGCAUUUCAGGUGGUUUUUGAUUU